AUGUCCCCCACACAGCGUGUUGUUAUCAUCGGUGCCGGGAUUGUCGGCACCAAUCUCGCAGACGAGCUGGUCUCGCGCGGGUGGACGGAUAUCACCGUCGUCGAGCAAGGCCCGUUGCACAUGCCUGGUGGCUCGACGUCGCACGCCCCGGGCCUCGUGUUCCAGACGACCCCUUCGAAGACGAUGACUAGUUUCGCGACAUAUACCAUUGAGAAACUCCUGUCGAUUGAAAAGGAUGGCCAUAAUUGCUUUAAUCAGGUCGGUGGGCUGGAGGUCGCGACAACGCCUGCGCGGUUGGAGGAGCUCAAGCGCAAGCAUGGGUAUACCUCGUCGUGGGGGAUUGAUGCUCGCCUCGUGAGCGCGGAGGAGUGUCUGCAGAUCUACCCUCAUCUCAACAAGGAUAUGGUGCUGGGGGGUCUGCACAUUCCUAGCGACGGUCUCGCGCUUGCUGCUCGGGCAACUCAGCUGCUUAUUGAACGCACUCGCAAUGCUGGGGUCAAAUACCUUCAAUCGACACCAGUCACGGGGAUCGGGCGGGCAGCUGGUCGAGUGACUGGGGUGACAAUUCCCGGUGGCACUAUCCCGGCCGACAUUAUCGUUUCCUGUGCUGGAUUCUGGGGCGUGGAGCUCGGCGCAAUGGUUGGCCUCUCCAUUCCGCUCCUGCCGCUCGCCCAUCAAUAUGCCAAAACAACAGCCGUGCCCUCCCUCGUGGGUAGGGAUCUAAAUGAUCAAAUAAAUGGAAAGAACGCAGCACUCCCUAUCCUGCGACACCAGGACCAGGACCUGUACUAUCGCGAACACGGUGACCAAUACGGCAUUGGAUACUAUGGCCAUCGACCGAUGCCUAUUAAGGCCUCAUCAUUAGGUCUUACUUCCAAAAACGUUGAUGAGAUGAACAUGCCUUCUCGCCUCGAAUUCACAGCAGAGGACUUUGAUCCGGCAUGGAGGGAAACCAAACAGCUCUUGCCUAUGCUGCGAGACACCGAGAUCGCGGACGGCUUCAAUGGCAUCUUUUCUUUCACUCCGGAUGGUGGACCUAUCGUCGGGCAAGCGCCCAAUCUGGACGGGUUCUGGGUUGCCGAGGCAGUGUGGGUUACACACUCAGCAGGCGUUGCGCGCGCCGUCGCCGAGGUCCUUACCACAGGUCGCUCGCAGAUCGAUAUCUCGGAGUGCGAAUUGUCUCGCUUUGAGGAGGUCCAGCUGAGCCGGCCUUACAUCGAAGAGACCUCGGCCCAAAACUUCGUCGAGAUCUAUGAUAUCUUGCAUCCUCUUCAGCCGAGGGAGUCACCGCGACAGCUUCGAACCAGCCCAUUUUAUGCUCGUGAGAAAGAGCUGGGGGCCUUCUUCCUCGAACUUGGCGGCUGGGAGCGACCGUUCUGGUAUGAGGCGAAUAAAGAACUUCUCAACUACCUGCCAGCGAACUGGAAGCCCGUUGCGCGAGAUGGAUGGUCAGCUCACUACUAUUCUCCGAUCGUCGCGGCCGAAGCAUGGAAGACUCGCAAUGCCGUGGCCAUGUUCGAUAUGACCUCUUUUCACAGAUUCGAGGUUUCCGGGCCCGGCGCACUGGGCCUGCUGCAGCUCCUCAGCACCGCCGAUGUCAACACGACGCCUGGCACCAUCACCUAUGCUCUCCUUUUGAACGACCAAGGCGGCAUUCGCAGCGAUGUCUUCAUCUCAAGACUUGAGGAGAAUCUCUUCCAGGUUGGAGCUAACACCGCCACCGACCUGGCCUACCUCACCCGCGAAGCCCGCCGCCAAAACCAGAAGCAAUUCGUCCAGGUCCGCGAGAUCACCGGUAGCACUUGCUGCAUCGGGCUCUGGGGUCCUCGCGCCCGAGAUGUCAUCAACGAGAUCACCACAGACGAUUUCUCCAACAAGGGCCUCCCGUACUUCGGCGUGAAGCAAGCCCUAAUUAACGGCAUUCCCGUGACGGCAUUCCGCAAGUCUUACGUUGGCGAGCUCGGCUGGGAGAUCCAGACAACGGCAGAGUACGGCCUCCGUUUGUGGGACACCAUCUUCCAAGCCGGCAGAAUCCACGGCCUGAUCGCCGCGGGACGCGCUGCCUUCAAUGCUCUGCGAUUGGAGAAGGGGUACCGCAUCUACGGCACCGACAUGAACACGGAGCACAACCCGUACGAGGCCGGCGUGGCCCACGGCAUCAGAGCGAGCAAAUGGGACGAUUAUGUCGGCAAAGCUGCCCUUGAGCGCAUCUCCGCUUCCGAGCAGAAGCCCGCUCGGCGGCUGCGGUGUCUCGCUGUCAUCGAUGGCCGCUCCAUGGUCCUCGGCAAGGAGCCGGUGUUUUAUAAUGGCAAGGCGGUUGGAUAUGUGACUAGCGCUGCAUUUGGCUUCACUAUUCGCAAGCCGAUCGCGUAUGCCUGGCUCCCUGGCAGCCUCGGCGAGGGCGCUGGUGUUGAGAUCGAGUACUUCGGCCGCCGGAUCAAGGCUACUGUUGUGGCCGAGCCGGUGUAUGACCCGGAUAACAAGCGGCUGCUUGCUGAUGGGUUAUCUAUGGAUUCCGAGCUUCACUCGCCUAUCAAGUCUCGUCUGUGA